AUGAUUGAACUACUACUAGCCAUCAUCCCCCCCGCCUUACUGGUGAUCUUGUUAUUAUACUUUAGCCCUGGAGCAGAUGACCAUGGACAUUUGCCAUCUUCCGAUAUCCCUAGUCAACGGGCCAUCUGGUAUAUCGGAAGCGCUAGCUUUUUCAUGAAUCCAUCGCAAUUUUUGAUAGAUUCUAUGAAAAGGGCAAAUAAUUCCAUUUUCUCCUUUCGCAUUUUUGAUAGUACGGUUGUAGUCUUGCGGGGGGUUACUGGAAGAAACGCAUUCUUUUCAAAAGGCCUUGAUUUCAUGGCUGGAUAUAGAUUAUUGGGGAGUAAUAUCUAUAAAUAUACUGACUUUCAUCCUUACGGAAGUUCAGACGAGAACAUGGCAAGCGUGAUAGCGACAUGUACGCGCCCUGAUGUAUUGGAACGUUUAUUACCAUUGAUGGUGGAAGAUGCUUUGCAAACAUUCGAAAUGUGGGGAAAUCACGGAGCAAAAAAUAUUUCCAAGAGCCUCGACGAGAUUGUUUUUACCCUGGCUGCAAGAAUGACGAUGUGCCGCGAGUUCUCUGAGGACCCGAAGAAAAUUCGUGCAUUGAUCAGCAUUUUCAAGCGGCUUGAAGAUGGCUCGGACCACAAUGCCCUCAUAGUUCCUUGGUUCCCGACUCCAGCCAGAUUUGGGAGGAUACUUGCUGGGGUGCAAUUACACCGCAUGAUUUCUGCAGUUAUUCUUUCGAGGAAAGAUCGUCGUGAAGACGACCCACUGCAGACCAUGAUAGACAAAGGCCUUUCUCCCACCAAAACCACUGUGUUGCUUGCUACCAUGCUAUUUGCUGCAAUUGGCAACACCGGAAACGUGAUCACCUAUUUGCUCCUUCAUCUAGAAGCCAACCCGAAGUGGAAAGUACUCGUCGAGAAUGAGGCGAGACAGUUGUACAAAGACUCGCACACCUUUGGACGCGACGAUGGUAAACCCUUGUUUUCAAUGAAUUCCAUAGAAACGCAGAUGCCGCUUUUCGAUGUCUGCAUUUCCGAAACGUUGCGCAUGCUUUUCAAAGGACCAUUCAUUAGAAGAAGUGUAGAAGACAUGUUCGUGGACCAAAAACACAUACCACGCGGAACUUAUGUCAUGUUCCCAACCGCCGACCUUCAUGAUAAUGCUGCAUUCUAUUCGACACCGCAGGAAUUCAACCCGGAGAACUUUUCAGCAGGUGCGAUCCAAGAGCGACGACGACAUGGAACUACGUUCGUGGGAUGGGGUGCUGGUCGUCAUAUGUGCGCUGGGAAAAGAGCUGCACAAAUGCUCAUGAAGGUCAUCGUCAUUCUCCUUCUAUCGCAAUUCGACAUUCAGAUUGUUACUGAUGGGGGGGAACCGGCACGAAGAGUUCCAGAACAGGUAGAAAAUCAGUUGUUCAAGGUGUGUCCACCCAAGCAAGCUGUAACACUUCGCUAUGAGGUACGGCGCCAGUAA